AUGCUUUAUUUGUGGUAUUCUCAGAAUUCUGAAAAUAACACAAGCAACACUUGGUCAUGUGCCGUUCACGAGGGAACCAGAAGAAGGGGUAAAAUUUGCAUGUGUGUAAAUCGUCUGUCAACGAUUUUCAUAUUUUAAAACAUUUGAUAAAACACACGUCAUAAAAACAGUAUGCCUCCAAAGAAGACAAAGUUUGUAAGCAUAAGUGCUAAGGGAUGCGAAAACCCAUUGUUACCGGGCAGGGAACGAUGCGAGUGUCAAGCUGUGAAGCAUACCCUGGUUAAUAAUUGCUUAUCUUGUGGGAGGAUAGUCUGUAUUCAAGAAGGUGCUGGUCCCUGCUUCUUUUGUGGGGAAAUUGUGAUGGGGAAAGCGGAGAGGGCAAAAGUCCUUUCCGGAAGCUCAAAAGAUGCUCAGUAUUUGCUGAACAAAUAUAAUAAACUUCCAAAACCUAUGGACGAAGAAAGAAAAAGACUGGCACAAGAGCAGAAAGAAAAGCUUUUAGAAUAUGAUCGAAAUAGUGUACGGAGAACUAGAGUGAUUGAUGAUCAAUCUGACUAUUUUGCGGUAGAAAGUCCAUGGUUGUCAGAAGAAGAAAAGCAAGUUUUAACUGAGAGAAAACAAGCGUACAUGGAUUCCAAAAACAGACUUAAAAGACGAGUCCAAGUAACAAUUGAUUUAGCCGGUCGCCGAGUUAUUGAACAAGUUUCCGAAGUUAGCAUUCCCGAGUUUGACUCAAUGAAAAUAUCAACCACCAAGACGAAGGAACCAAAGAAUACAGAACAUGAAGACGAUGUAAAAAUUAAAAUUGAGCCAAAGUUUGUGGGUACACUUGAAAAAUCGAGCAAUAAAGAAUCGCCAAUACUGUGGAGUUAUCGCAUUCAAGAUUCAGAAUUGCAAGAAAUGGUGGAUUCUGGCAACUGCCUUUCCGUUUCUCAACCGUUUGCUUCCUUGAUUGUGGAAGGAAUUAAAUCAUUUGAAGGUCGUACGUGGUACACACCAAUAAGAGGAAGACUAUGGAUUCAUGCAACUAAAAAAGUUCCCACUCAAGAUCAUCUUGAUCAAGUUAAAGCCGUUUACAGAAAUAUUGUUGGAGAAGAUAUUGAUUUUCCGGAAACCUUUCCAGUGGGAUGUUUAGUUGGAUGUGUUGAUUUGGUUGAUUGUGUCCCUCAAGAGGAGUAUCUCGAGUUGUAUCCAAAUGGAGAAGUAGAAGAUCCAUAUGUUUUUGUGCUAGCAAACCCGCAAAUGCUUUCUGUAAAAUUGCCCAUGGAUGGAAAACUAAAAAUUUAUAAAUUAGAGCAACAUAUUCAUCAAGCAGCCAAAAAGAUACUGGAGAAGAAAAGUUGAAAAUAAAAACAGCAGCAAAAAUCGCCGAAAAACUUAAAUUAAAAAUUAAAUAUUUAUUAAUUAAAUAAGGUUAUUAAAUAAGUUUGGGUUUUGUUCACUACACGUUGUCAGACUUGUGUGCAACGAUAAUAAAGAAAGCGUUUCAACAAGGAGCUCUA